UUGAAGGAUAGGAGGUUGUGAAGGCGAGUAUCAGUUUUAUGGACAGCACAUGAUUCUAGUGAGACAAUUCUUUGGCAGAGUGAAUUAAAAUGCUGUUCUUUAAAUAAAACAAGAGUGUCCAAAAAUAAUGAGCUCAUUUAUCCCAAGCCAUUAUUGAUUGUUCACGGUGCCUGGCACACCACAGCUACUUACAUGUUUGUUGGGAACGUCAAGGGAUGAAUGGCAUGCUCUGCCAAUCAUUGACAGUAUAUAAAGGUCCAAGGCUAGUAGCAGACACACAGUUCACCACAUCCUCUCGCAACCCACGUGAACUCUCUUCUCUUGACAACAACAUGUGUUGCAACUACGGCAGCUCCUGUGGCUAUGGCUGUGGAUAUGGCCCCUAUUAUGGCUGUGGUUAUGGAACAGGCUAUGGCUGUGGCUAUGGUAGGGGAUGUGGCUGUGGAUGUGGCUCCUGGUAUGGCUGUGGCUCUGGCUGUGGAUAUGGCUCAGGAUAUGGCUGUGGCUAUGGCCCCUGCUGUGACUAUGGCACCAGAUAUGGCUGUGGCUGUGGCUAUGGCUCUGGUUGCUGUGGCUACCGACCAUUUUGCUAUAGAAGAUGUUAUUCUUCUUGCUGCUAGAACAUCACUGUCCAAGCCACAUUUGCUUCUGAAAUGACACACCUUAAUAGAGGGCUGAGUCAAGGAUCCAUACCCCAAGAUUUCUAUAUCCAAGAAAUUGUAUGCUUCACAGAGGGUUUGACCACUGGUCAACUAUUGUAGGAUGGCAUCUUGCGGCUGUAUAGUAUCAUCUUACUUUUUUUCAUAUAUUGGUCUUUACUUCCUUAAUCUGGAUUCUGCAUUGUGACCGUGGCAACAA